AUGGGGAAAACACUAUCUAAGGAAGCUCUGUUUAUAAAAGAAUUAAAAGAAAGAAUUAAAGAGCGCAAUGUAGAAGUUAAGAAAAGAGAUCUGUUGCGCUUCUUCUCCUUUAUUGAACAACGCUGCCCGUGGCUCAUUCUCCAUGGCCCUGGCAUUCACCCCCUAACUUGGGAUAAGGUUGGCCGAGACCUUAAUGAUUUUGCACGCUCAGGUCAGCCCAUCCCUGAGGAUUUCUUUACUUUUUAUGGCCUGAUUCGGGACAUCCUUAAAGAGGCUGAUUCCAGUACACAGGUCUCCCACCUCCUCAGCCUUGCUGAGGACGCUAUUGAAGAAAGUAAAAAACAGACUGAAGAAACCCCUGAAUUAGGCAACAUAGACAAAAAUUACAAAACCCCGUCUCAAGAAACCCCUGAAUUAGACAGCAUGGGCAAAAAUUACAAAACCCCGUCUCUUUUAGACGAACGUAUUAACAUCCCCUCACACUUACCAGAACCACUCCCUCCUCCCACCCCCACACUCCCCUCCGCUCUUCAGGAGAAGCAGUCCCCGCCCCUAGGAACACUCCCCUCCCGAGGCUCCGCUCUUCUCCCUCCCUCCCGCAGACCCGCUCUCUACCCUGUCCUUUACGAUAGCAAUACACCAGAGACCCUCAAUCCAGCAUACCAGACUGAACUGGAUGAGGCGGCAGCCGGAUACUACCCCCCAGACUUCCUUAAAAACAAGCCCCCUCCCUAUAAUCCGCUUUACCCUUCCCCGAUUUUACCAACUCUUCCCAAUACAAAUGACCUAAAGAUAGCCACUGCUCAAUUAACUAAGCAAAUCACUGAUCUCAAACAAUUUAUAGACUUACAACAUGAGAUCGGCCACUUAACAAGCCAAUUACAUGACCUUCAGGUCGCCACCCUGAAACCAAUCUCACAUUCAAAAAAACCUAAAAACAACCCCUCCAAACUACAAAAGCCCCUCCUGGCCCUCCCGGUAGUUACCAGGCGUAGGACUACCACCGGUACCACCCCGGAGGAUGUAGACAUAGAGGAGAUCCCUGACGAACUGUCCCAACCCUACCAAAAUUCAUCCCCCGUUUCCUCUGAAUCUGACAGAGAGGAGGGGGAUGAAGAAGCGAAUCAAGGGGUCCAUACCACCGAUACAAUCCGGCCCCAUGCCCACCCAUUUAAAAGACUUAAAUUCAAACAGAUUAAGGACCUCCAUUCAGCAGUAAAAAACUAUGGCCUUAAUGCUCCCUUUACCCUUUCUAUCUUGGAAAGUCUCGGGGGAGAUGGGCACUUACUCCCCUCAGAAUGGACUAAGGUUACACAAUCUGUCUUGUCUAGAGGCCAGUUUUUAACCUGGAAGGCAGAGUUUCAGGAAAGGGCAGAAAAUCAAGCAAAAUCAAAUCUCACAAACCCCCAAACAGCCAAUUGGACAGUAGACAAACUCAUCGGUCGAGGUCGUUAUGCCCCUGACACCGUGCAAUUGAGAUUGCCUCCUGGCCUCCUCAUGCAAACUGCCCACGCAGCCUUAACUGCAUGGCGCGCUGUCCCUGCCUCCGGGGCCAUCACCGCCCCGAUCUCUAAAAUCCUCCAGGGACCAAACGAGCCCUAUGCUCAAUUUGUAGCCAGACUCUUAGAGACAACAGAAAGGGUCUUGGGACAGGACGGUACCGAUAACCCAGUGGUUAGACACCUGGCCAUUGAAAACGCCAACCCUGCCUGUAAGGCCGCCCUUAGAGCAAAAUCUAGAGAGCUUGAUCUGAACGGCAUGAUCCGCUUAUGUAAUGAUAUUGACUCUUAUGACCACAGAAUUAACAAAUCUAUCUCCUUAGCUAUUGGAGCGGCCAUUCAAGCCACCCGACAGAACGCUCCCCGUAAUUGCUUUAAGUGCGGCAUGCCCGGACAUUUUGCUCGUGAAUGUCCCUCCAAUCAGAUUGCUCGUGAAUGUCCCUCCAAUCAGACUGCUCGUGAAUGUCCCUCCAAUCAGACUGCUCGUGAAUGUCCCUCCAAUCAGGCUGCCCCUAGUUUACCUUUCAGCCCCUCGGGUGUGCCUUCGAGACUGCCCCCAAGUGUCUGUCCGAAAUGUAGGAAAGGGCGUCACUGGGCCAGCGACUGCCGCUCCAAAACUACCUCAAAUGGACAAAAUAUUCCACCUGUCCAGGGAAACGGGAUGCGGGGCUCCCUCGGGAGCCCCUUCCCCUCACCCUUGCUCGAGCCACAACAGGCAGCGCAGGCUUGGACCUCUGUUCCUCCUCCACCAGAAUAUUAA